AUGUUGACAUUAAGACGAAAUAAUCCAUAUAGCGUGGAAAAACUUUCAACGAACAUUUUUUGUAUUCAUGAAAAUGACGAAUGGGAGCAUUCUCCGCUAAUUUAUUUGAUUUUAGGCGAUGAAAAAGCUUUGGUCAUCGAUACGGGUUGUGGUACUGGUGACCUUCAUCAGUAUAUACGCUCAUCAGGAAUAAUGAAUAUUCUAUACUUAAUACUUUAUUAUUUUUCGACGGGAAGUAACUGGAGUUUCUCAGCGUUGGGAAAAUUGGGAUUAUCGCACAAUGUUGAAAGCCUUUGUGCAUCUUCUCGUAAUAAACAGUAUACUGAAUUGCAUAGUGCUGAAUUCGAUUGGCAGGUAAAACCAUAUAAAAUAACGCGUUGGCUAAAUGAUUGCGAGAUGAUAUAUCUCGGAAAGGAAAAUGAGGCGAAAAAUGUGGUGAAAAUUAUACAUACACCAGGACACACGCCUGAUUCAUUAACAAUAUGGUUCGUCGUUCCCGAUAAUCGCUUAUUUAUUGGCGAUUUAUACUAUCAGUUUAACGAUCUGCAAUUAAAGUAUAGCGCAGCCAAAAUUGACUCCGAUGGCGCCUUUCUACCGGAUUUUGAGGAAUAUCAUCGUUUUUUUUUAUUGGUGAUCGCAGGUGUGCAACGCACCUUACCUCUAAAGAAUAACGAAUAUCAUUGCCGACGAUAUGAAUCAAGAGACAAAAAGAUAAAACUUAUCAUAUCCGAACAACUAGCAAUUCAACUCGAUAAAGCAAGAGGAUCUGCUUUAAAUCAAUGA